UAAAGAACAGGAAAAAUGGGCGGACCUUUCAAUAUGAGACCACAGACGUAUGUGAGCUUUUAGCGCCUCAUGCCAAACCUGACUGAGAACUGAAAGCAGAGAAGAACAGUCAAUGUGAAGAGAACAAUGAUUAGCAUUAACACAAAUUAAUAUUACUGGCCUUUAAUAAAGAAGAAAUGUCUGAUGCUGUUUAUGAUGAAGUGAUCAGGACUGAGUCUGAGAGAGUGGAGAUGAUGGUGGCUAUCUAUGAGAGUGCAGACUGUGCGAGAGAUCAUGACUUCAGAACAGAGACAAACACACACCAACCACUACAGCAAACAGGAAGUGAUUGUGUGAAGAUCAUAAACUCCAGAGCAGCUGUAGUGUGUUUGGUGCUGCUGUGUGUUCUUCUGCUGACUGCAGUCAUAGUGCUGUGUGUCCACAUCCAUACAAACAACACAAACUGCACAGAAGAGACAAAACAGCUAUUAACCAGUGAUACAAACUUCACAGAAGACCGAAACCUGCUAUUAACCAACACUACCAACUUCACAGAUGAGAGAAACCUGUUAUUAAACAACACUACCAACUUCACAGAUAAGAGAGAUCAGCUACUAACUACCAACAGCAGCCUUAUUCUAUUAAACAAACAGUUAAAUCAAGAGAAAAAUGAACUGUGGAAGUGUUUUGAUGGAAUGGAUGGAUGGUUAUACUACAACUUUAGUUUUUACAACAUUUCAUCUGAGAGGAAGAGCUGGACUGAGAGCAGAAGAUACUGUACAGAAAAAGGAGCAGAUCUGAUCAUCAUAAACAACAGAGAGGAACAAAAUUUUGUUGACAAAAUGGCAGGUAGUGCUGGUGUCUGGAUUGGAUUGACUGACAUUGAUGAGGAUGGCUUAUGGAAAUGGGUUGAUGGCAGCACACUGACCGCUGGGUUGUGGAAGUCUGGAGAACCCAAUGGAAAAAAAAGUGAGAAUUGCACUGUGUCUUAUCCAUCGGGGUGGUAUGACUAUCCAUGUAACAAAGCUUUUCAAUGGAUCUGUGAGAAGAAAAUUUUAAAAUAGUUUUAUAUGUAAAGCUUAAUCACUAACAUUCAUUAUAUUGUAGACUAUUUUUUACUAUUAAAGCUUUGAAGUGGCUAACAUACACAUUUCUAAAACCUGCCUUCUUACUCUGAGUCAUGUAACUGCCAUUAAGCAAUUAAAAAAGUGUUUCUAAUGUCAAAUAUGCAUGCACAUUGACCAUUUUUUCUUAUAAAUAUUAAAACUCUGAUUAGCAUGUUAGGAAUUAAAGACACAUGUACCAUUAGUGAUAAUGUCCUUCAGAGCAGCAUUUAUAUGAAUAUGA